AAUUGCUAGGAUUCCUAUGGAAAAGAGAUCUGUCAAAAAUGUCAGUUUUGUUGCAUCUUUUGUGGGUUUACCCCUAGAAGUGGAUGUCAAUAACCUAAAAAGAUGGGAUUAUGUUAGAAUCAAAAUUGGUUGUAAAGACAUAACAAAGGUGCCUGCAGUGGCCGAGGGGGUGUUAGAUAUGCACUUCUAUGACUUUGUUUUUCAGAGAGAAGUACCUCAGGAGGGAUUCACAAAUGCUGCAGGGACUACUUGGACUAGAAAUAGUGACAGGGAUACUGAAGAACACCCUUCUCCUAAAAAACAGAGAAGAGGUGAGCACUCCAAGGACAGGGAAGAAAAAUAAGAUGAUACAGGAGGAAAUGUGAACAAUGUAGAGGAUUCUACCAGGGGAAGACAAAAUGUUGGACAGGUAGAAAGAACAGAAAUCACAGCUCAUGCUAAGAUCAGUCAGAGUCAGCUAGGAGAGAAAUCCUGCACAGGCACCAAGGGAAAUGAUCUUGACAAUGAGAGGCAGAGUGGGUGGUCAGAUAAAGGGAAACAACAGGUGGACAGCCAGCAUGAGCAACAACCAUCUAAGGAUGAGGGCAUGGUGGAGGAUGAUGAGGACAGUGAGGAUCAGGGGCUGUCUUUUGAUGACAUCAUCUCCCCUGAAGGGCAGCACUUGAAUUUUGGCACUUUUCAAAACAUGGAAAUCAAGAAGUUGUGGGCAGUUGCAAUGCCUGACAAUAUGUCUGCUGUGAUAAAUGAAUAUGGAACAAAUUGUUCAAAUCUAAAUCUGAUCCUCUUGCUGCCAUUGAAGCUAAGUAUGCUCUAAACUUUGGUACAACAUCCCUUACACCCCCUACAUGCAAGGGUGGUGGGAUUAUGAUAGCAGAGGUUGCUUUGGCAAGUGAUCUGAAUGUGCAGACAGAGGUUGCAAGUCCUUCCUUUCCCAGCCCAGAAUUGGGGUCACAACAAGCACCUCAUGGGGAAAUGUCAAGUUAGGAGGAUUUGAUAGAGCCAGGAACAACUCAAAUGCACAAUCAAGAAGCUGGAAAAGAAACAAGUAAACAAACUUCAAAGGAAAUAUUGGACAACAAUCAGGUGGAGCUCACAGAGAGAUCUCAAAUUGAAGAACACACACAGGAAGAAGUGGCACCGGGAGGAAUCACGGGAAAUGAAGAUGCAAGUGAGCAGGAGCAGGUGGUCCCACAUCAAGUACCUUCUGAUCAGCAAGGUGCUAGGAGGCAAAAUGACCAUCUGCAGCAGCAAGAGAAGAUAAGACAGAGUGAAAGAAUCAAGAAUCAAAACAAUGGGCAAAUCAAGGUGGCAAACAAAGCUGAGGCAUUAGCAAAGAAGAAAAACUUGGAAGAUUUACAUAAGCAAGAAGAUCAUGACAAACUAAAGGAGGGUGUGGAGGUCCUAAAGCAUGCAGCACUCAGCUUCCAUCCGCAAGAUGACGGUGACCUCACUGGGACGAAGCUUAUUCAGCAUACCUGAAGUCUUCUGGGAUAUCAGAGCGUCUUUUAGUUUCUCUUUUGCUGUGCGCAUGGGAGCGCGUUGUUUAGUUUUAUCUCUGAUGGGUUAUUGUUACUCGGUUUUAGGUGCUGGCCCUGGAGCGGCAAACUCUUUUCAUUCCGCUUUGUUGUGUUUGUUUGAACUGUAAACUCAAUACUGCUACCAAGACGCUGUAAUUUCGUUACGACGAGUAAUGAAAUUCGGGGAUGUUCCCCAUGGUGGAAAAAAAA